AUGAAAGCGUCCAGGCAACAGAACAAGAAGCAACAGCUUCAGCAGAGAGGAUGCAGGGCUUUGUGUUGCAGUAGCAGGCUUAGCGUAUCUUCGUCAGAGGAAGCAGAGAGCUCAAAUUCCGAGAGGUUUGCGUCAGUUUCAACCCUAGCGCACGCCAUGGUGCAAGAGAGACUGGAUCAAAUGAUUAGAGAAAGGCAGGAGGCAAGACAAUUAGAGAGAAGAAGGCCGCAAAGAUCAGGUCAUGAAGGGACUAAGUUUGUUUUGGUGAUGGCCAUGGAAAAGUGCUCCUACGAUCCCAGAGAGGAUUUUAGGGAGUCCAUGGUCGAGAUGAUCAUAGCAAAUCGGAUUCAAGAACCAAAAGAUCUUCGUAGUCUCUUGAAUUAUUAUAUUUCAAUGAAUUCUGAGGAGUAUCAUGGGAUUAUACUUGAGAUUUUCCAUGAGUGUCAUGUUUGGAUCGAUGAUAAUGCAUACAACCAAUUGUGGUAUGAUCUGAAUCUUUGA